UUCAACCAACAUAAUGCUGAAGCUCCCAACUUGGAACAAGUAUUUCACAGAAUGGCACAAAUGGAACCUAAUCUUGACCAUGACGUAUCAUGGUUCCUCCUUCCAUCGUACUGGGCUAAAAUGGUUGUGGCAUUAAUUUCCUUCCUCUGUUUUGCUAACAGCUAUGAUGGAGAUUUUGUCUUUGAUGAUUCUGAAGCCAUCAUCAAUAAUAAGGACCUCAGGGCAGAAACCCCGCUUGGUGACCUGUGGUAUCAUGACUUUUGGGGUAGCAAACUCAGCAGCAAUACCAGCCAUAAGUCAUAUCGACCGCUAACUGUCCUGACUUUCAGAAUUAAUUACCUUUUUGCUGGAGGCUUCUACCCAGUUGGUUUCCAUGUCAUCAAUAUAAUACUGCAUUGCAUUAUCUCAGUGUUGAUGGUUGAUGUGUUCUCCAUAUUAUUGGGUGGAUUGCAAUUCAGUAGUAAAGGAAGACGGCUGAACCUGGCUCCCAAGUCCUCUCUUCUUGCUGCUUUGCUCUUUGCUGUACAUCCAGUGCACACCGAGUGUGUUGCUGGGAUUGUUGGCAGAGCUGACCUACUGUGUGCCCUGUUCUUCUUGUUGUCAUUCCUUGGCUACUGUAAAGCAUUUAGAGAAAAUAAGGAAGGACAUACGUUUUCUGUAUUCUGGGUGCUGGUGAGUGUUGUCCUAGGUGCAAUAGCCAUGCUGUGCAAAGAACAAGGAAUUACAAUACUGGGUUUGAAUGCAGUGUUUGAUGCACUGGUGAUUAACAAGAUAAAUCUUUUGGAGCUCAUUCGGAAGUUACUGUAUAAGGAUAAGUCAUUGGAGAAUGCUGGACUGUUGAGGAAGGGGCUGCUUUUCAGGAUAACUCUUUUGAUGUGUGGAGGGGCCGCUAUACUUUAUAUCCGCUGGAGGAUUAUGGGCACAGGGCCACCAGCUUUCACCGAAGUAGACAACCCAGCUUCAUUUGCUGACAGUCUGUUUGUAAGAGCUAUAAACUAUAAUUACUACUAUUCACUGAAUGCAUGGUUGCUGUUGUGUCCCUGGUGGCUGUGUUUUGAUUGGUCAAUGGGCUGCAUACCCCUCAUUAAAUCCGUCAGCGACUGGAGGAUAAUUGCACUAGCAGCACUUUGGUUCUGCCUAAUUGGUCUGAUAUGCCAAGCUCUAUGCUCAGAAGACAGCCAUAAGAGAAGAAUCCUUACACUGGGACUUGGAUUUCUUAUUAUCCCUUUUCUUCCUGCAAGUAAUCUCUUCUUCCGAGUAGGAUUUGUUGUUGCAGAGAGAGUCAUCUACCUCCCCAGUAUUGGAUAUUGUAUUCUCUUUACAUAUGGGUUUAGCCUCUUGAGUAAGCAAGCCAAGAAAAAGAAAAUUCUUGCAGUGGCAGUACUUGGAAUCUUGUUGAUAAACGUUACGCGCUGUGCGCUCCGCAGCAGCCAGUGGAGGUCAGAAGAACAGCUUUUUAGGAGUGCAUUGUCUGUGUGCCCUCUGAAUGCAAAAGUGCACUACAAUGUUGGCAAAAACCUGGCUGACAAAGGAAAUCAAAGUGCUGCAAUCAAAUACUACAGAGAAGCUGUAAGGUUGAAUCCAAAAUAUGUGCAUGCCAUGAACAACCUUGGAAAUAUUCUGAAAGAAAGAAAUGAGCUCCAUGAAGCAGAGGAGUUGCUGUCCUUAGCUGUACAAAUACAACCUGAUUUUGCUGCUGCAUGGAUGAAUCUAGGAAUAGUGCAGAACAGUUUAAGAAGGUUUGAAGAGGCAGAGCAAAGCUACUGGACAGCAAUUAAACACAGAAAAAAAUAUCCAGAUUGUUACUACAAUUUAGGGCGGUUGUAUGCAGAUUUGAACCGCCAUAUAGAUGCAUUGAAUGCAUGGAGGAAUGCUACAGUCCUGAAACCAGAGCACAGUUUGGCUUGGAACAAUAUGAUAAUAUUGCUUGAUAACACAGGCAAUCUAGCUCAAGCAGAAGCAGUUGGAAGAGAAGCCCUGGAAUUAAUACCUAAUGAUCAUUCCCUUAUGUUUUCCUUGGCUAAUGUACUGGGGAAAUCACAAAAAUAUAAGGAAUCUGAAGCUUUGUUCCUCAAGGCAAUUAAAGCCAAUCCAAAUGCUGCCAGUUAUCACGGUAAUUUGGCUGUGCUUUAUCAUCGCUGGGGAAACCUUGACUUAGCGAAGAAGCACUAUGAAGUCUCUCUGAAGCUUGAUCCCAUGGCACCGGGAACCAAGGAAAACUACAACCUCUUAAGAAGAAAACUGGAGCAGUUGCAAAAGAAAGGCGGUGCCUGAUGUUCCUUUUCAGGUUGCCCGUGCAUGCUGUUUACGACUACUGUUACAUGGGUACUUUUGACCAUGUACAGGAUUCAGUCAUCAUUUCUCAAAAACAACACCACCAGCACCGCACACUUGAAUGUCCAGUUUUUCCCUCCUGCAGAUCCUAACAUUUCAGCUUGAGGGAUCAUUUUAUUUUUACUUGAACUGCUUUUAAAGUCCAUUAGAACAUUUUUAUAGGUAUAUGAAAGCAAUGCAGAUGGAAUUUCACAGCAUACACUUGUAAUUUGAUAUCUUCAUCUGACUUUUCGGUAGUGGGAUGAAUAGCAGGAGGCAAUUUUAUUUCUGAAAGUGAUACUUAAAAGUGCAAUUUCCUGUUUAAAUCCUGAUCUUUUCAAGUAUGAAAAAUAUCUGUCCACUUCAGUUUUAUUACUGCCUUCCAGUGCCAGUCCUGCAGAGACAGUGGAAGAAUGAAUUCUCUCUAGCACAUCAGUCUACUCAUAUAAUUUGAGUUAAGCCCUUAUGCUCAUUUCUGUCUCCAGCCUGUGAAGUGUCAGAUUUUUGCAAGAGUAAAAAAGGGCAAGGAUUUGACCAUAAAUGUCUGUAAGCCAGUGUGCUGCUCAGGUAUGCUUGAGUAUCGAAAAUACUGUUAGAUGGAGAUUUUAGUAAGCAGCUAAUGAAAAGAAGGUGAGGCAACAGAGCAGUCAGGUAGAGUUUCUGUUCUGGCAGGCAGCCUCAUCUGCAACAGACAAACAUGGACAAGAAGUCAGAACUGCUUUAGCUCCUGUGGCAGGUCAGUGUUUAAAUACAGUUUAGUAUCUGUAGGAGCUAAUUGCUGUGUUCUCAGGCAAUUCAGUGCUUUCUGGUUAAGGACAUUACACCUUUCAGCUCCUAUAUUGCUGGGGAAUAAAGAGAUAAUUUCUGUGGAACAGUAACUGUGCAAAAGACCUGACCUUGGCUGUUGAUCUGUUACCUGAAAGAACUUGGCUUCACCUUUGUCUGCCAUGGCUCCUGUGUUUGCUGAAGGGGCAGAUAAGUAAGCAUAGAUGUUAAUGCAUAAACUGAGCACAUCGAUGUGGGAUGAUUCAGAGGUGGUUUAUGUUGAUACCAUGUUACCUCUCAAAAGGGGCUAUGCUUUAAUACAUAUUUGAACUCUGUCUGUCCAGACUUAUUUGUCAUGUAUUAAUAUUUACAUUCCUGCUUCAGGAAGUAGUCUUUUAUUUGCUGGUGGUCGGUUUUUCCAGUUUCUUUGGGGUUUUUUUGAGAUGUUUGGUUUUGUUCGUUUAAGAUUGGAAGUUUGCUAUUGGAUAUGACAGCUGGGGAACUUUACCUAUCUUUUCAUAUUCCUUUAUUCUUGCCAUCCAUGUCCCCUGGGAGAAAUCGAUCAACGCAGUAUUUGCAGCUUUUCUAAUUUGUCUAUCGAUUAUCGUGAGACUGUUUAGCAUUCUCCACACACAGCUCCUCUAUGUGUGGAACCACUUAAAGUGUCAGGGAAAUUCCUGCCACAGGAUGGGAUGCUGUGUGACCACCUUAUCUGACCACCAUAGAACCAUUUUACAUCUCUACCACGUUUUGAACCUCACAGAGGCUACUUUUACAUUAUAAAUUUGCUUGGAAAUGACAGUUGUUUCAAGAACUCUGUAGGUGUGUCUACAGAGCAUACUGCAAUAUUGCAGAACUACCAAAGCAUCCUCUGACAAAGCUAGCUCGGGAGUUACAAGUCAUGCAGGUACUUUAGUGUACUAUUUUUGCCACACUGACUGUAGAUCUAGCCAGAAAGGCUGUGGCAGUGUGGUGCUGUCCACAAAUUUAGCUUUGAAUGAACUAACAUGGCUACAUACUGGUUUUAGUCAAGGUGCAAGGGGCAUGUAUGUGUGCUUCUCUCCUAUAAAUAUAGCCUGUUUCUCAGUGGGACUAAUUAGUUCACAUAGGGUACAAAGCCGUGGCAAUUGCUUCCAUUUCUUCUGGUUUCUGGACAAAAUUUUCAGAAAUUUGUUUCUGAAUAUGAUCCAAGCAUGCUCUUUGAUAAGUAUCUGGUAAGCAGAACACUGCAUCAGUAUGGAUAAUCAUCUUCCAAUAGCCAGCACAGCUUAGUACCAACUUUUGUAUCUGAAAGGUGCUGAAAUAGAUACACCCUUCAGUACAAACAGCAGGUUCUUAAGGCUUUCCAUGCAUAGCCUACUAUUCAUCAGAUAGAGAGAACACACAGCUUCUUCAGUCAUGAGGAAUUAAAGAGUUGGGAUAUGGCUGGAUGAGCUAAUUUAUAGUAGAAGAUAAAUAUGUUUACUAUAAUCAGGUCUCUUCUGUAUAUUUGGAAUAUUACAUCCUGAGUUUAAAUUAUUAUUCUCAUCAUAAAAUCCACAUGUGUAGUUUUCCCUGUUGCUUUCCAUAUCAGCUUUAAAGACAUCCACUCGAUCAAUAUUAUGUAUGAAGGAUGAAUUCUUUCUAGGUCAUUUUAAACCAAAGUUUUAGAAAUUCCUCUGUGGAAGUCCUUCUAUUCAAGUCUUAAGACAGAAGAGACAGACAAACAAAUUGGAUGUUUUGUUAGUAUUUUAAAAUGGUAUUUACUUUUCAGUACAGACAACAUCAUUUCUUCUUGAUUAGCUUUCUGGCUACCUGUAUAUACUUUUGUGAGGGUUUAUUUGUUUUAUAUAAUAUUUACUGUAUAGAAAUUCAAUGUGAUUAUUUGUAUGACAGUAAUAUGAAGCAUACCCAUAUGUCCUGAGUUUAAUGUUGAGGCAGAAUUGUGUUCAAAAGAAGCCACGAAGAUGACUGCUUUUGUAAUAAAAACUUCCUUAAGACUUUUAAGAAUACAAAGUAUUUUUUUACUUUAUUUUCAGAAAUAUUUGGAACUGCAAACAGUGCAGUAGCUUUUAUUAAAAUGGUUAUAAUGUUAACCUUUUUAUUGGUUUUUCAUACCUCAUAACUGACUCCUGGAACAGUGCAGAACACUCAAAGAGAAAACGGUGAAGAAAAAGUGGACUUCUACAUAACUGUAGUUACAAAUAUUGUCUAUCUUUCCGGCAUGCUGUAUUUUUUUUUUUUCCCAUUGCUAAUUCCAGAAGAUUAAAUUUUCCUUAUCAGUUGGCCUGUUUGAUUCUCUAGGGAAAUUAAGAAGCCUUUUUUUUUCUUUUUUUUUUUUUCUUUUUUUUCCUUUUUGAGAAAGAUUACUUGUUCCAAUACAGUUCUGAGAAAAGAAAUACAGAAUGAUUUAAUGUACAGAAUGGAGUCAGGAAAAUAGUCACAAUGACUGCUAUGGAUGUUAGUCUCUUUUCACCAAAAACCUCCAGCAAAGUUCCCUAAUUGUAUGUCACUAUUGUGUCUAGACCAAUGCUAUGUACAUGAAGUUUUCUGUUAUUUAAUUUCAUAGUAUUUAAACUUUAGAGAUGUGGGUUGUGUGUGUGUUUAUGGGCACUAAGAAAUAAAAAUCUAUAAUACUUUUGAAUGAUUUGUUCAAAAUACUGGGCCUAUUCACUGGGAACAUUUUCCUUCAUUUUUCAGAUACCUGUAUCUGAGCUAUUCAUCCUAGUUUCUCUGUAUAGUCACUGGGGAAAAUCCCCAUCUUUAGGAUGUGAGAAGUCAUACUCAAAAGAAAAAUUCAUCUUCACUAACAUCAAAGGGUAACUAAGGUGAUCAGCUCAUAUGCAUAAGCAAAAAUCUCACUGCUGCUUUCAGUUGAAGUGUUCUCAUCCCAUACAUGAAGUAAUCUGACCCUCUAUUAUUCUCAUACCUUAUUGGUACCAAUAAUGUUAAAAGACUGGCAUUGAAACAAACUGGCAGGUACUUGCCUUGAGAGUCAGAGAGUAGCUGGAAGAGGGAGAGGAGAAAACAAAUUAACUUUGAUAAAUUUAUAUGACUGAUGAAGCAUGAAAUCCCUGUGUAUGAAAACAGAACAUUCAUGUCCAGUUCAAUUCAUUACUAGCUUGUUUAUGUUUCUGCAAUGAACAGUAACAACUCCUUAUUGAAUUGAAUUUUGGUGUACUUCACUCCUAUUUUAAAAAGUAAGUCUAAAGCAACUGUAAAUUUGCAACAGUGAGAUUUAUAUCUUUUUCCUUAAGUUACAGUUGCUAUUUCAAGCUGUAGCUGUUAGAAUGUUAAAUGUGAUAGCUCCGUGUGUUUCAGUGUGGUGAAGUUUUUUUGUUUCGAUAUCUUUUGAUACUUAUUUGCUGGUUUCUGCCUGUGCCCCGUAUUUCAUAUGAGUACUGGUACAUUGACAUACCUAUCAUUACAUGUAGAUUCCCAUGUGCUCCUCAACUUGGCCCUUUCACUGAAUAUUGCUCCCUUCCACAGCUCUUGGUGUGUCUCUACCAAAUGUGUGCUAAUGAGGGCACAUUUAACUCUAAAAGACUAAAUUUUGAUAGGAGCAAAAGUCAGAACACAUGGCUGGAUUUCUGUGACAUAAAAGCUGAGGGAGCCAAAUUUGUGUCAUGGAACACCAUAAGCAGCAGGUGCCUCUGGUAAAGGGCACUUCAGACUCUGCUGGGCUCCACAAUAACGUGAAGUGGUUGUACAUAGGUGUAAUGUUAUAAACACAGCAAACUGAGCCCUGUGCUCUAAAGAAAAAGGACUAUGUGUAUUUCCAAGAGGAUGUGCACAGCUGCAUGGACUAUCGAGCAUUGAAGGACUGAUAUAUUGUGUUAGAAAGUUGCACUGCCGUGUUGUGGCAUGGGUGUUCAGUGUGUGUCAGUGAUGAAAUAUGUCAAGUGGUUCAGGGCUUUCUAAAGUAAGUAUUUUUGUUAGGAAAAAUCCCUACAGGUACUGAAACUGGUAGCUUGUGAUUUCUGAGCUGAACUUUUUUUAUGUAGUGUUAAUCACUUAAAUUGCCAAUGGUAUGUUCCAAUUUAUUUUCAGCUGAGCAGGAAGUAAAUACAGUUGUAAUGAAGCCAUGAAAUAAAUCUGCAUUUUACUA